AUGGAGGGCGAGCCCUCCCGCAUCCCUGUCUACAGCGCUCUCCACCACGCCGGCCCGCCCGCAGAAACGCAAAUGGCUUUUCCUUCAAAGAAACAAUGCGUCAGCAAAGCAGCAGAUCUAGAGUUCAACAAAGAUCCCAAUUUUAACUUUAGCUCAAACAUUGCAGCAGAUGGUGUCUUCAAAGCUACAAACCAAGGGUUGCCUAAAUCUGCCAAGAAAGUGGAACCUCUUUCAAAGACGACAGCUACAAGACGACCUCUCAACAGAUACAAACUAGAAGCAGAGCUGAAGACCAAGAAUCAGCUGUUAGAAACAGCCAAACAACAGCUACACUCCAGGCUAACAGCAGCACAGAGCACUAUAAAGGAGCUAAAGGAGGAGAAUAAAGGCCUGGUACAAGAAGUUAAGAAGCUGAAGAAAUUUCGUGAGACUUGCAUGGUGAUUUUAGAAAGCAGAAACAUCGAUCCUGUUACAGGCAGCAACAUUCUGUUAACUGAGAAGCUCAUGGAAGAACUGAGGCGAUUUAACCAAACAGCUGCAAAAGAAACGGAGAUGCUUCAGACAGCGAUGGCCAAGUGGAAAUCGGCAGAAGAAGGGAUACACCAGUCCCUGGAGAAGCGCUCCUCCUUCCAAGCAGGAAUUAAGCAAUGCUCGGCAGUACUGGACGAGCUGGAGCAGCUCCUGGCUAUCUGCCGGGGCCCUGCCCGGAGGCUCCCGCCGCCCGCCGUGCUGGUGAGCGGCUCCGUCCGUCCGUCGGUGCGGUCUGUCGGUGUGGUGUAA